CUCCAGGCUCCAGGCUCCAACCUCCAAAUAAAUAAGAAGGAAAGAAAAAGAGAGUGUCUUUGUCAGUUGGUCUGAAAUGGCUCUGAACUCUCUCUCACAAAGAAGGAGAAACUGAAAGCGACCCCUUGCGAAUGCGAUCUGAAUUAAAAGCAUUGUAAUGUAAGGUAACAAGUGAGUGAGAAUAGUGAAUAGGAAUACAGCUACCGCAGCGAAUAGUUAAGAGAGAGAAACUCGGAGAUAGAUAGAGACUAUGCUUCAGUGUUGCAGACCCUCUGCCACUGCCAGAUAGUUUUAACUUUAUUCCACUCUCUCUCUCUCUCUCUCUCUCUCUCUGUUACCAUUCGCAAUUCACCAUUGCAUUAUAGAGAGAGCCUCAUGUGAUGUGAUUGCACAAACUAAGCUCUGCUUCUUCUGUCAAACCUUAUCACAUUUCUCUUCCACGCGCCAUCGCCAUCGCCAUGGCCUUUCUCCUUCCGCUUUUUCUUCUUCUCUCUCUGGAUGCAAUCAAUUCCGUGGUUUCGCACGACGGAGCCACGUUGCUGGAGAUAAAGAAGUCGUUUAGAGAUGUGGAUAACGUUCUCUUUGACUGGACUCACUCCGCUUCCUCCGAUUAUUGUGUGUGGAGAGGGGUUACAUGUGAUAAUCUCACUUUCAAUGUGGUUGCAUUGAAUCUUUCGGGAUUGAAUAUGGAGGGAGAGAUUUCGCCUGCAAUAGGGAGUCUUAACAGCUUGCUUUCUAUUGAUUUCAAGGAAAACCGAUUGUCUGGCCAGAUACCUGAUGAGCUUGGUGAUUGUUCCUCUUUGAAAACCAUAGACUUGUCGUUUAAUGAGAUUCGGGGAGAUAUACCGUUUUCAUUUUCGAAGAUGAAACAACUGGAAAAUCUAAUUUUGAAAGAUAAUCAACUUAUUGGACCAAUUCCUUCAACUCUCUCUCAGAUUCCUAACUUGAAGACUCUAGACCUGGCGCAGAAUAAUCUUAGUGGGGAGAUACCAAGGCUUAUAUACUGGAAUGAAGUUUUGCAAUAUCUUGGCUUGCGAGAUAACAAUUUGGUGGGUUCACUUUCUCCAGACAUGUGCCAGUUAACUGGAUUGUGGUAUUUUGAUGUGAGAAACAACAGCUUGACAGGCAGUAUUCCCGAAAACAUAGGCAAUUGUACCACUUUCGGGGUCUUGGAUUUAUCCCACAACAAGCUAAACGGAGAGAUACCAUACAAUAUUGGGUUUCUGCAAGUAGCAACACUGUCAUUGCAAGGCAAUAAACUCUCAGGGCAUAUUCCACCAGUGAUUGGUCUGAUGCAAGCUCUCACUGUCUUAGAUUUGAGUUGUAACAUGUUAAGUGGACCUAUCCCUCCUAUACUGGGAAAUUUGACCUUCACAGAAAAAUUGUUUUUGAAUGGAAACAAGCUGACUGGCCCCAUCCCCCCAGAGCUUGGAAAUAUGACAAAGCUUCACUAUUUGGAAUUGAAUGAUAACCAUUUAAGUGGACAUAUCCCACCUGAGCUUGGAAAGCUUACUCUUCUGUUUGACUUAAACAUUGCCAACAAUAACCUUGAGGGUCCUAUUCCUGACGAUCUUAGCUUGUGUAAAAGCCUCAACAGCCUCAAUGUGCAUGGGAAUAAGCUGAGUGGAACAGUCCCCUCAGCUUUUCAGAUCUUGGAGAGUAUGACCUAUCUGAACCUUUCUUCAAACAAUCUUGAAGGCUCCGUUCCAAUUGAACUUUCACGGUUUGGUAAUUUGGAUACACUGGAUAUAUCAAAUAAUAAUAUAAUUGGUUCCAUUCCUUCUUCCAUUGGUGACUUGGAACAUCUUCUGAAGUUGAAUCUGAGCAGAAAUCAUUUAACAGGGCUUAUUCCUGCAGAAUUUGGUAAUCUUAGAAGCGUCAUGGAUAUUGAUCUUUCAAAUAAUCAACUCUCUGGUUUGAUUCCCAAAGAAUUUAGUCAGCUUCAGAACAUGAUGUCUUUGAGACUAGAAAAGAACAAAUUAUCUGGGGAUUUGUCUUCGCUUGUAAAUUGCCUUAGUCUUUCUCUGCUCAAUGUCUCUUAUAACAAUUUAGUUGGUGUUAUUCCCACAAGCAACAUUUUUUACAGGUUUUCUCCUGACAGUUUCAUUGGAAACCCUGGUCUUUGUAAUGAUUGGCUGGGUUUGUAUUGUCAUAGGUCUCACCGUAAAGAGCGAGUUACCUUGUCUAAGGCAGCUAUUAUAGGAAUGGCUCUAGGAGCCCUCGGGAUUUUUCUUAUGAUAUUGCUAGUAGUUUUCCGACCACACAAUCCUCCAGCUCCUUUCCCUGAUGGAUCUUUUGACAAACCAGUUAAUUACUCACCUCCGAAGCUAGUGAUUCUUAACAUGAAUAUGGCGCUUCAUGUGUAUGAUGAUAUCAUGAGGAUGACUGAAAACCUAAGUGAGAAGUAUAUAAUUGGGUAUGGUGCAUCGAGUACAGUUUAUAAAUGUGUUCUUAAGAAUUGCAAGCCAGUGGCUAUCAAGAAACUCUAUUCCCACUAUUCAUAUUUUUUAAAAGAGUUUGAGACCGAGCUUGAGACAGUAGGCCGCAUUAAGCACAGGAAUUUGGUCAGUCUCCAAGGCUACUCGUUGUCUCCAUUUGGGAACCUUCUCUUUUAUGACUACAUGGAAAAUGGCAGUCUAUGGGAUCUUCUACAUGGACCUACCAAGAAGAAAAAGCUUGAUUGGGAUCUUCGUCUAAAAAUAGCACUUGGAUCAGCUCAAGGGCUGGCUUAUCUACACCAUGAUUGCAGUCCACGAAUCAUUCACAGGGAUGUGAAAUCAUCUAACAUUUUAUUAGAUAAAGACUUUGAGCCCCAUCUCACCGAUUUUGGCAUUGCAAAAAGUCUGAGCACCUCUAAGUCCCACACUUCAACUAACAUAAUGGGCACAAUUGGCUAUAUAGACCCCGAGUAUGCCAGAACUUCCCGGCUCAAUGAGAAAUCUGAUGUGUAUAGCUACGGUGUCGUAUUGCUAGAGCUACUAACUGGGAAGAAAGCUGUUGACAACGAAUCAAACCUUCAUCAUCUGAUUUUGUCCAAGACAGCUAAUGAUGCCGUAAUGGAAACCGUUGAUCCAGAUAUUACUGCUACAUGCAAGGACAUGGGAGCAGUGAAAAAGGUUUUUCAGCUUGCUCUUUUAUGCACUAAGAAGCAACGAGUUGAUAGGCCCACUAUGCAUGAGGUGACACGUGUGCUAGCAAGUCUAGUGACAUCCAUAACUCCACCAAAACAAAAUGUUCCAACACAAGCACUGCUACCUGAUUCACAGCCUUCUGCAAAUAUGCUAUGCUACAAGGAUGAAUAUGCAAAUCUUCAAACUCCACACUUGGUGAAUUGUCCAUCCAUCAGCACCUCUGAUGCCCAACUCUUCCGCAAAUUCGGAGAAGUAAUAUCUCAGAACAGUGAGUGAAGAUUUUGAUGAGAAUCGAAUUGAAAAUUGAAAAUCAAUGUACAUUUAAGCCCCCAAAGGAAAAAUGUCAAAUAUUUUGUAUGCUAUACGAUCCGUGUGGAUAAACUAGGAAAAAUCACACGAGUAGUAUGUAGUCUCUUGCGUAGUAUUUAUUUACACUACAUUAAUUGUACGUUUAUUUAGAGGUCCUUUUUGUAGCAAUUGAACAUGUAUUCUCAAAAUUAGAUUCGCAAGAACGAUUGGAAACCGGUUUAUUGUUCGGUUAGAAUAAACCAUAGAAGCAAUUUGAAAAGAAUGGACAAAGAACAGAAGACCAGUAAAAUAUCAGUUCAGCGGGAUA